CAACACGUUUCUAACGUCAUAUAAGGACGUAUUAGUCCAGUGUCCUAGUAUUAACUUUACUAUAAACAUUUUAAACUCGCGCUAACAGGUCUGCUGCUCUUCUUUAGCUAUUUAGAGGAAACAACCAGCUAACAAUGUUUUCUUUGUUUCUUUCACUUAUUCAUGUGUUCGUAUUUUCAUCAUAUUCUCUCUCAUUUCUUCCUUUCUAGGCCUCUACAGUAUUAGGCUAAAGCAUCUUGAUAGUCAAAGUCAAUUGAAAGGUUGCUCUUCAACUUUACUUGAAAUUAGUGAUUAAAUACUGUCAAUGUGAUUCAAAAUCAUCAAUUUACCUUGAAGCUAAUGGUCUCAUCCAGGGUUAUAAGCUUAAAUAUGGUGUUUCUUCUAAAAUGGCUAUGGUAAAGAGUGGCUGGCUCCAUAGACAAAGCACCAUCCUACGUCGGUGGAAAAGAAACUGGUUUGACCUAUGGGCCGACGGCCGCCUGGUGUUCUACAAUGACCAGCAGCGGCGUGACAUGGAGGAUGACAUCCACAUGAGAGUCCACUGCAUUAACAUCCGCAGCUCCCCUGCUUGUCAGGAGUUGAACCCACCGGAUGGGAAAACACAUGAUGCAUUGUUCCAGAUAGUGUGCAGAGACGGGCGGGUCAUCAGCUUGUGUGCAGACAGUGCAGAUGAUGCCUUAGCAUGGACCAUGGCAUUGCAGGAUGCCAGAGUUAAUGCGGUGGUUGCUGCUCCUCAGUAUGGGUUUGCACAGGAAGUCGUGGCUUCUGCUCCUCCCCCUUAUUCAGAAUAUGCCCAACCACAGGUUUAUGCCCCAGGCCCAUAUGGAGACUACACAGCUCCACCUGCUCAUCCCACACAGAUUAUAUAUUCUGGGGAUGGGCAACCCUACGCUGUUGCCUAUCCAUAUCAAUAUCAAGGUGGAUACGUUGCCCCCGGAGUGAACCACGUUAUUAUUCGGGAGCGGCAGCGUGACGAUGCAGGGGACGUGGCUCUGGGCAUGCUCGCUGGAGCAGCGACUGGCCUGGCACUCGGCUCUCUCUUCUCUGUCUUCUAAUCUGUACCGCUUCACUAACCGUUCAUCCUGUAUUUACAGCUUACUUUAUGGGCUCUUGUCAGUGCAGUCACAUAAUUUCAAAUGAAGUGUGUCAUUUGUGGACUACAUCAAUGAGACGUGACUGUGAUAGACAGAGUAAAUACUUUAGCACUUUCCAGUAUUCCCUGACAGUGUUGCUCCUCUUGUGAUGUGUGUGUAUAGAAGUAUUUUUAACCAAAAUCAUAACUAUUAUUCCCUUUGGACUGUUCUUUAAACGUCGCGAAGGACGAUAAUUCAUUAUGUGCAUGUCAUUUCUUCAGUUGGUUUCAGUUUCACACACAGCUGGACUUUGUGUUUGCAAAAUGAACCUCAUGUUCAACACUCAUGUUUUUUUGUACUGUAACCUUUGUUUACUUUUCCUUUGUUUUAGUCACAGAUCUGCACCGUGUCUCUGGGUUGUUUGUGCUCGAGUCAGCUUAGGGAGGACGUUGUAUGAGCCACACUAAAGCAAUAAGUACUUGGAUUGUAGCAUUUAGCAACUCAUUUGGAGAAAUCCUGGGUUUCAUAGUUUUGAUGAGCAAACAUGACACCAUGCAUGCAGGCACACUAGCAUUAGCCUGAAGUUUAAAGGCACAUUGUUUUUCUCCAUUCUUCUAUUUCCAUUCAUCCUGUUGUCUUUUUUGUUAACUUAUCGGCAGCUGUUGAAUUGUACCUCCAGUUUGAUUUGUUUGUAUUGAUGAAUUCGUCUUUGUUUUUAUUGUUCAUGCAUAAACGGCAAGCACAUCAGCCUCCAGUGAUGUUUGAGUUAAAGUUAUUUCUUCUCUAAAAACCUAACACGAUGUGCAUCACAAUUAGGACUAUUCCUCUGCAUGGACAGCUUUGUACGUGAUAUUUGAUUUAAUUUGCAUAAGAAAUGUGAAAGAAGUCAUUUUUCCAAACAACGUAACACUGAAGUCAGUUUUUUCAGCAAUGUUUAAAGGUGUGAAAUAAUUGGACACAGUUGCACUGAUCAAAUCAAGAUGUUAACAAAGAUCUAUUUUAACAAAUAAAUAUAUUCAGAACGUU